UUAAAUCACGUGACUUCUGGUUCCGUCGCCUGAACAACAUGGCGGAACCUUGGUACGGGUUAUGUCGUCUGGGUCGCUUCCUUCCUCUGUUCUUCAUUCUACUGCCUGGUGUGGUCUCUUCGACGGAUUAUGACUACACCUUUACAUUGCCGCCGGGACAGAGAGAAUGUUUCUAUCAGGAAGUCAAGAAAGAAACAAAUUUUGAAGUGGAGUAUCAGGUGAUUGAUGGGGGAGAUCUGGAUGUGACCUUUGUGCUGAGGUCACCAAAGGGAGUCCCUCUGGUGACAGAACUGCGCAAGUCUGAGGGAAUCCACAGUAUCGAUGCGAAGGAGGAUGGAGACUACAUGUUCUGUUUUGACAACACCUUCAGCAGGAUGUCAGAGAAGAUGAUCUUUUUUGAUGUGCUGCUGGAUGCAGACACAGAUGGUGAGGAUGAUGACUGGAUGGACUUUGUGAGUCCUGAGGAAGAGCUGGACAUUAAGCUGGAGGACAUGAAGGACUCGAUGGAUCGUGUGAAAGAGCAUCUCUCCAAGAGCAGACAGAUUCAGAACGUGCUGCGUGUGUUUGAGUCGAAGGACAGAAGCACUCAGGAACAUAACUUUGAGAGAGUCAACUUCUGGUCUGUUCUACAAUUGGCGAUAAUGGUCACUACUGCACUGCUGCAAGUCUACACAGUUAGGAACUUGUUCGAUGACAAGAAAAAAGUUCGGACAUAGGUUCUAGAUGCUUGUUUUUGUAUUUGUUUUAUAAAGGAUGCACAUAUACAUGUUUUAUGGAAUGUUAGACAUGUACAAUGUCCUGCUAUGUGACAGGAAAUAGACCUGCUUGUAGUUAUGUGCCUUAUGUCAGGAUGGAACAGAAGUCUAUCUUGUCUGUCACAUCUACUGUUGAGGAUAGGACUGAUCAGAAUCUCAUUUGCUCUGAAACAUGCACAUCAACAUUGUACCACAUUGUGGUCUAAAAGAAGACAAACCUUUAUGUAACCAACGCUUCAAAUAGACUAGAACUUUCCCAAAUUUUGGUCCGACUCCAUCGGCCCUGUUUGCAGAUAGGCCACUACUAGUAUUAUGUGAUGGAGUCAGGCCAGAAUUUGGUGAAAGUCUAAGUUUAUUUGAUGUGUUGUUUACUAGAUAGAAUUUAGUCCUUCAUAAUGUCAUUUACCGACACAGAUGAACAUCCAUAUGCAUGCUAGCAUUACAUUGUGAUUGUGUGAUACAUGUACAGUUUAUCACAGAAAAUGAAUUGCAUACUCUUGAAAACCUGACUUUUUCUACCUACAUUUCUAACUUCCCACCAUGUGAAGACACAAAAAAUAAAAUACAGCAGUUCAAGGUGUA